AUAUUCACCCUUCAUCAGGAUGAGCACAGAGCGAGAAGCUAGCCACGCUGUGCUCCUCAUGGCCUAGCUCAGUUCCAUGGACCAAAGACAGAGGAGAAUCCUGGGCCAGCCCCUUUCCAUCCCUACUUCCCAGCCCAAGCAGAAAAGGACAUCAAUGAUAUCUUUCUUUUCCAAGGUCUCUUGGAAACUGAGGUUCCAGAAGCGGGAGCCUCUGAAGAAUGUGUUUUUCAUCUUGGCAGAAAGAGCUCGGGACCCCAAUGCUAAAAAGCGUCACAUGGCAAUGAGAGGCCUGGGAACCAUGGCCUGUGAAGCCCCUGACAAGGUGAGAAAGCAUAAGAAAAUUGUCCUUGACCUGCUGGUGUACGGAUUGUAUGAUCCUGUGAGUUUGGAAGUCAUCCAUGAGAGUAUGAAGACUCUGACCGUCGUUCUGGGCAAGAUUCAGGGGAAAGGUUUGGGUUCCUUCUUCAUAGACAUCACACUUCAGACCAGGACUUUAUUAGAUGAUGAGAACGACAGUCUGAGAUACUCGGCCUUUGUUUUGUUUGGGCAAUUGGCUGCCUUUGCCGGGAGGAAAUGGAAAAAAUUUUUCACCGGUCAGGUUAAGCAGACACGAGAUUCCCUCCUGAUCCAUUUACAGGACAGAAACCCCCAGGUUGCCAAGGCUUGCAAAACAACAUUUCGAGCCUGUUCUCCAUAUCUGAAACUAAGGAAGGAAUACAGCUUCCAGAGUGAAGAAGAUCAAAGGAACACUAAGCUCUACCGGCAGCUGAGCCAUUAUCAUCCAGAGAUCCUGCAGUUCUUCUACGCAAAUAAAAUUCUGUAAGCGCAGAGCAGCAAGGAAAUGGUUCUACGUGAGUGCAUUGCUGAGCCAUCGUGUUCCCCUGUUUUAUCUCACUGGAUGCCUCUUCUGCUUGCCUCUUGGGAUUGUAAUGGAAAAGAGGGUGCUGGGAGAGCAAUCAAAGGCAAAAAUAAUACAUGGAAUUGUAUGAUUAUAUCUAAAGUAAAAUUCUAGACUGCUUUUACUUAUUUCAUUUCCUCCCCAUACAAAUUUGAUGAGCAGGUACACACUUUCUUUAAAACAUUCCAAGUGUAUAUAGAUUCAGUGCUUAUUUCUCAGCUUUUUCUUAGGUUCAUCUCUGUCACCUAGCUUUUAUUUUUAAUACUCAAUUUCUGAGGCUUAGGAGAAUACUUAUUACCUUAAGGUUUUUGUUUUUGUUUCUGUUUGUUUUUUUUUUUUUUUCUGGUUUUUGUUUUUGUUUUUGGUGUAUUUGCUAUUGAUACCUUUUCUUGCCAAGAUUUAUUUAAAGUUGGCCAAGAUACCAAGAAGGUGGCUUGCAGGUGUAUCUUUAGCGUCUCAUAAUUGUAAACAGUCAUUGCUUUCAAGAUCAUCCGAAACAAGAAUUUAUAGAGAGAAAAAAAUAUAUAAAGCAUGUGUUGAAAAUCCUCACGCUCAGGAUAACUUAAGGGAUAACAAUAGUAGGUAACACUUACUGAGUGCUUACAAUUUAGUGGAUGUGGUCAAAGUGCUUUUUGUAAGUUCUAUUUAAUACUUGUGACAACCCUAUGAGAUAGUAAGUACUACUAUUGUUCUCAUUUUAUAGAUAGAAAGGUAAGACACAGGGAAAUUAGGUAACUUGCCCCAGAUAACUCAGUAAACAGUGGAGCUGGAAUUCAAAUGCGUACGGUCUGAUUUCUUGAGCCCAUACUCAAUAACCAUGCCAUCCUGCCUGUCUGUGGAAUAACUGAUGGAUGGUUAGAAAUGUUAAAAACAAAACAAACGCGAACGUCUCUGCUUCUGCUCCUCUACUAAGCCCAGUUAACUUUUGCUUUUAUAUGUACUAAGUAUACAUUUUUGUUAAUUCAUGUGAGCUGAGUGUAUGUUUUUAUUAAUUACUUUUUGGCUACUAAUGCCAAUUAUUUUGGUGAUCAAUCCUAGUUAUCUGAGGAGUCACAUCACUCGUAAAAAUCACAAGAAAAAUCUCUUAGUCCCGCUCACCCUCCCUCCAACCAGAUUGCAUCCCAAGCUUCUAUAGAAACUCUGGUACCACCCCUGAACUCAGUAUCCAGGCCACACCCAGAGUGUUUUGUUCAAGACAAUUUAAAACACAAGAGAUUAUAAAAACUACAGCGGGAUCUUAAACGGCAUUCUGAGAACCAGGAACUCAAUUUUCUGUUGUAGCUCCCAGGGACAGGGUGGUGUGACACAGAUGUGGGAGUGAGGAGAAGCCUAGGCGAGAUGAGGAUGUGGGAGAUGGCAGACGGAGUGGCAAGUGCCAGGUAGGAAUGGAUUUUCUUCCUUCCUGUUUUGAAUCUGAAGAACAUGACAGCAAGAGAUUUUAGGAGGGACACAGGCUCAAGAGGGUAUGGGUGGUUCUGAGCUGUAAGCCCCCUGCCCCUCCCAGCACCUGCUCCCCGGAUGCUGGCCUCUUCGAAAUUUUGUUGCAAGGUUGGUUUAAACUUGAUGCAGUUCCAUUAAGUGAUCAGUGAGUGGUCUGAGAAAUGACUGCAUGUGGCUGGCAUUCAAAAAGGUGGGGAUAAGGUGAGAUUGGUGGAGCUACGUGGUAUAGAGUAGAAAAACCUAUGCAGUUAACGUCACUGUAUUGGUUAAAAUUGCGGAAGAUGUGGUUGCAUUAUUUGACUUUAAGAUUUCACAGUAACCUUUUAUUUUGGUGGCCCCCAAUGAGUCAUGCCUGCUGAUACUCAUGUCCUUAUUUAGUCUCUUCUGUUUGAAUCUGGGCUGCCUUUGUGACUUGCUUUAAACAGGAGAUUGUGAUAAAUGGCACUGUGCUGGGCCUAGAACCCUGGCAGUUUCCUCGUUUGAAUUGUGGGGGAAGCCAGCUGCCACAUAAGAAGUUGAACUGCCAGGAUCAAAGGAGAGUGCCUGAGAUCACCAUGUGAAGGAGAAUGGAGACACCCAACCCACAGCAGAGUCUGAAGCUCAGAGACAUGACACAAGUUGUCCCUUCCAGCCAGACCCUGGCCGUUGAAGCUACUCCAGUUGAUACCAUAUGGAAAAGAGACAAGCGUCUCUGUCAAGCCCGUCUCAAUUGCAGAAGCAUGAACAAGGAAUCAAAUGAUUGUUGUUUUAAGUCAUUAAACUUUGGGAUAAUUUGUCACACAGCAAUAAGUAACCAAAGAAGAUUCCUCAUUAUUAACUGUUAUCUUGGCUAAUUUUGUUUUGCUCUUCAUAAGUUCUCUUUGAGUUUAAAUUCUAUUUCCAGAAAUUUAUGUUAUCAUGAAAUUUGGUGGCAAGAGCAAGGGACCAUGUUGUUUUGGUUUGUUUGUUUUGUUUGUUUUUUUUCUGUUUCUCACCAUACCUAUCACAGGGCCUGGCCAUGUGAUUAAGGAACAUUUGCUUAAUUCCCAAAUUGCAGAGGGAAUAAAGUCCAACAUUCAGUCUGCCAUUUCAGGCUUUCAACCUUCCUUUUCUUCUGUUACUCUCUUUGCUUCAGCCAAGUGUGGGUCUUUUUUCUUCUCUCAACAUGUCUUGGUCUCCUACACCCCCUCACCUUGGCUCAUUCUGCUAUUUCUGUGUUGAGUCCCCUCAUCUGUGCACACCCACCUGGACUCACAUGCACACACACACACACACACAUUUCAUAUGUAUAUCUUAUCUGUACUCCAACGCCUAGGUGGAAGUCCUGAUCCCCCCAGUCGGGGAGAGCUCGAGUCUGAAUUCCCAGAACAUUCUAGCGAUAUUAUACCACUUAUAUCUUACCUGAAAGGUUUUUUUUUUUUUUGUUUGUUUCCCUAUAUGUCUUUUUAUGGUUUUUUUUUUUUUCUGUUAAGAUUGAAACUACGGAAGAAGGCAGGGCUCUAUCUUGUACAUCAUUUGUAUCUCCCCGGUGACGGCAAAAGUACUCUGUAAAUGAAUGUUGAUAAGGGGGAAAAAUGUCAGAAAGUCAUCUGAAGCUGUCACUCCUUCCUGGAAGGAGCCCAUUUUGACAAGUAAGAGUCAUCGAUUUCAUUCCUUAUAACCAAUGUACAAGUUACUUUUAUGCUUGUGCAUUUCAAGUUUCCCCUUCCCCGUGUUUAUUUGAAUGCCAACCCAAAGGUAAUGUUUUGACAUUUCUUAAUUUUGAAUAUUAAUUUUGAACCUUAUUGAGCAGUUGAAUGAAAGAUAGAAAAAAGGAGUGUUAGUGCCCCGCCCCCCAUGCAAGUGCUCAGGGUAGACCUAUGCUUGGUCUCCUGUGUCUCUGGCACCCAUGAGAUGGGUCUUUCUUUCUUUAUUUUUAUUUUUGAGAUGGAGCCACACUCUGUCACCCAGGCUGGAGUGCAAUGGCACGAUCUCGGCUCACUGCAAUGCAACCUCCACCUCCCAGGUUCAAGCGAUUCUCCUGUCUCAGGCUCCUGAGUAGCUAGGAUUACAGGUGCCUGCCACCAUGCCCAGCUAAUUUUUGUAUUUUUAGUAGAGACGGGGGUUUCACCAUGUUGGCCAGGCUGGUCUCGAACUCCUGACCUCAAGUGAUCUGCCCACCUUGGUUUCCCAAAGUGCUGGAAUUACAGGCAUGAGCCACUGCAUCAGGCUGAGAUAGGUCUUUCUUAAAGGGGAGAGGGUAGUGGUAGAGAGAGAGGAGAGAAAAUGACAAAGGAGGGGGCUGAGAAUCUAACAGGUGUGACCAAUUCUGCUAAUCAAUGAGAGCAGAAGCCUGUGAACUUCUAGUCAAUAGACUACUUAAUUGGGGGAACGCUUGACAUGUUAUAAGAAAGCACUGGAGUGUUUUGAAAGCGAGAAACAACAGCUAUGUAGGGUAGGUAGCAGUUAGUGUUGUAUGGAAGACAGAUAUUUGUGCGUUUCUGCAUUUUCUAAUUUGCUGCAAUGAGCAUGUCUUACUUUUAUAGUUAUAAAACACAUGCAAAAGUGCCCUUUUAAAAUGAAAAAAAAGUCCAUGAGUGUAAGUGACAUAUAUGCUUUGGAAAGCCUGGGACGGUCAUUGUUUACUCUCGGUAGUAUGUGUUUGCCUUUGUCCUUUUGAGACAUUUUGUUUUAAUCUGUUGAUGACAAUAACCUGUUGAUAAUAUAACUUGAUGACAAAUAAAGUGACUUAUGAUUGAU